CAUGCUAGAAAUUGUCGAAAAUUUUUCCCUCUAAUACCUUCCCCUUUUCUUGCUCAACUGGAAUUGAAAAUGUCAAAAGUGUCAAGUUGUCAUGAUCUUAAGCCUUGUGUAUCUGGAAUUCAUGUAUCUGAGAUGUAUGCGUAUCUCCUUCUAUCAAAAAGAGUAACAAAUACGAGUAAGCCCUUAAAUAUAAAUUUCUGACUCGAAUCCAAUCGAUUAAUUAUCAACUUGUUUUGUCUAUGCACAUGGUGACAUGGUAACACAUCAAACAAAAACACCUAACCUUUAAAUUUCAAACUAUUGUACAAAACACCCCCAAACCUUUACACCAUUAAAGUGCACGACCGAACCAAACAACAAGACCAUCCAAAACCCAAAAAAAACACAAGAUUCUCAAAAACAAUUCCUCUCAGAUCCAAUGGCUUUCCACCACCACCUCCAUAACCUCCACACCACCACCAAUUCCUUCUGCUGCUGCCCACCUCCCGCACCCCCGUGCCACCACCCAACACCCCCGUGCCACCAUCCACCACUAUUAUCACCUCCUACCUCCGAUCCUUUUCAGGUUGCCGCCAUUGUUACUCAGCUUCUUCAAACUCAAACCCAAACCCCCCUAAAUUACCACCUUAAUUCCUCUCGAACCCACAAAAAUCAAAAACACCCACAUCAUAAUAAUCACGAAAAUCAAGAUAAUUCUUUACUAUUAUCUCUCCUUCAACGCAUCGAUGCCCUUGAAUCUUCCCUUCAGAAAUACUCAUCUUCUGGUUUUUCCUUAAGAGAUGCUGCUGCUAAAAUUAUUCAAGCCCAUUUUAGGGCUUUUCUUGUUCAUAGAUCAAGGACUCUUCGUCAUCUUAAAGAUUUAGCUUCUGUUAAAUCUGCUCUUGCUUCUUUUAAAUCUUCUCUUUCUCGUCAUGCUUUUGUUGAUUUUGAUUCUCUCUCCCGAAAUGCCAUGGACUUGCUCCAUAAACUUGACUCUAUUCAGAGUGGUGAUAAGAUGAUUAGAGACAGUAAGAAGACAGUUACCAGAGAGAUUGUUGAAUUUUUAGAAAUAGUUGAUGGGGUUUGUGUGAAGAGGCAACAAGUUUUAACCAGGAAGAUGAAGAGCAUGAGGUUGGUGAGGAAUGAUAGUAGAGCUACUCGUGAUACUAAGGGGUUUUCGGGGCAUAAUGUGAGUUCGAAAACUCGAACUGUAGACAAUGAGGAAAAGAAACUGAUGGCAAAUUUGAAAGAGAGAGUUGAAAAGAUUGGUAGGAUGACAAAGGCGCUUGAGGAGCAGGAGCAAGAGGUCUAUGGAGAUGCUGAGAACAAAGGAUUUAAGCAUGUUGAUGAUGAGGAUGAUGAUAUCCUUGAUCAAAUUGCUACCAAAUAUAGGCUGAACAAUGAAUUUAACGUAAAGAAAAAUGAUCAAAGCUCGAAUGCCAAGAAACGUGUGAGUUUUGUGGAGGAUGGGAACCUGAUUAGGUUAAACGAUACUGAUGGGGAAUCUAGAAGUAGUUCUCGGCUGGUUGACGUGAUUGAAGAUUCUAUCAAUGGAACACACGAUGAAGAGGAGGCACGAAGUGAUGGUGAAGGGUCUUCACAAAGCAGUGAAGAGAUGAGAAAAUUUAGAAGUGAUGAAGUUAAUGAAGAGUGUGACAACCAAGAGGAGUUCACAUUUUCCACUACCCCAGAACCUGCAACCAGAGCAAAUUUCUCGUCGAGGAAACCUGUUGUAAAAAUAUCUGGAUAACAUAAUGAGUUUGGCUUUCUCAUUCAGAUUGUUUCUUUGUGACUGCAAUAAACAAAUCCAUUUAUCUUAUGAAUUUGUAAUUCUUAUGUAUUUUGGCUUGUAAGGUGCAAUUGUCAUGUCUUGAUUGGAGUGCUGUUUCAUUCUUCUACGCCUGUAGUAGCGUAGUACUGUGUACCAUGUAUGCUGCCUUGUAUUGAAGUUAUGAAGGAUUCACCUGUAGUAUGUUUGUAAUAUGUGUAGGUUUCUAAUCUAAUUCAUUUUUUAUAUAAUCUUUA